CUCAAAAGCGCGGGAAGCAGUAAGUUAGUCGAGGACUCCAGUUUACCACCAAAACAAUCUAGGGCUAACCUCAUUCUCUUGAAGAAAAAAAAAGAAUACGGAACUAUUGAAACUAUAGAAAAUUUAUUAGGGGUUGAAGGAAAAGCUAAAAGCGGCGUGAAAGAGGAAGCAGGUUCGGGAAUGAAAAAGGGAAAAGAUUCAACAGGUUGUUGUUUGGAGAUUGCGAGUGUUACCGUUGCAAAUGACGACGUAGCUGAUGAAUUUAAGGAGAUCAGACAAACGGCGCUGACAGAUGAUAGUACUAGUGAAAGUCCUAUAACUGCUAGUGAAACUGAAUUAGCAGCUUCGGGACUUAAAGCCGAAUAUGAUAGUGAGAUCCUUGACAUUCCUGCUGCAGAUUUCCAUGACUUUGACCUAAGUAGGGCAGAAGAAUGCUUUAGAGUUGGGGAUUUGUGGGCCACUUAUGAUAAUAAAGAUGACAUGCCUAGAUUUUAUGCUUUUAUUGAUAAAGUUGAGUCACCUGAUUUCAAGGUGGAGACUACUUGGUUAGAUCCUGUACCUGAAGACCAAGAUGUGAGGGUUUGGAUCAGAAAAGGUUUGCCCAUUGCUUGUGGUAAGUUCAAAGAAAAUGAGAAAAGUGCCACCAGCGAUGUUGGUAAGUUCUCUCAUAAGGUUUCUUGGGAAAUGGGCAGCAUUACUCAAGAUAUUUUUAACAUAUAUCCCAGAAAAGGUGAAAUAUGGGCUCUAUUCAAGUGGAACAACAACUGGAACUCUGAUGUUGGCAACCAUAGGACGUACGAGUAUGAAUAUGCAGAAGUGCUAUCCGAUUAUAACAAGGAAUCUGGUGCUAGCGUAGGGUACUUGGAUAAGAUUGAAGGGUUUGUAAGCCUGUUCAAGCCACGCAAAAAUUGUGGAGUGGGUUCCUUUCAAGUACUACCCAAUGAGCUUCUCAGAUUUUCGCACAUGGUUCCUUCAUUUAGAACAACUGGUAAUGAACGGAAAGAUGUACCUGAAGGUUACUUUGAACUUGAUCCUGCUUCCUUGCCUAGUACCCUUGAUGUAAUUUCCAGUUCCGAUGACGUGAAAGUAAGUGUUGAGACCAUCAAUGCUACAACUAAUGGUAACCUUGAUGAAGUUUCUCAUCUGGUUGACGUAAAUGUAAAUACUGAGUCUGUCAAUGGUAUAGCUAAUGGUAACUUUGAUGAAGUUUUUGAUCCGGUUGAUGUAAAUGUUAAUGCUGGAACCAUCAAUGCCACAACAGCCUCUUGCAGAUCUCAGGAAAGGGAAGAUUCUUAUUCUCCAAAGAAGAGAAAAUAUCUCGAGGAUAAGGUUACUGCAGAUGGAAGGAAUUCAAAAGGUGGGGGCUGCUUUGCAAAGUCAUUGUGUGAAGACAAUAAGAAGAAGCGAAGUGAGGAAAGUGCUCCCUUUUCUUUGGACAAGAACUCCUGUGGUUCAGAUGGUACAAAUGAAGCUUUGAAGUUUGGGGCUGAUUUUAAGGAGAUGGGUGCAGAUGGUUUGGAAGUGAACAUGUCACAGCCUUUGGUGGACGUUUGCAGAGUUCCGGCGGCAGAAUUUUAUAACUUCGAAAAUGACAGAUCUCAUGACAAGUUUCAGCUUGGUCAGAUAUGGGCUCUUAAUAGCGAGUUGGAUGGCUUGCCCAAACACUAUGCUCAGAUAAAUAGUGUUGAAUUAUCCCCAGAUUUCAAAAUGGGAAUAAAUAUGCUGGAAGCAUGCAACCUACCAAAGGGUGUGAUUCAGUGGCUUGACAAGAAAAUCCCCAUAUGCUGUGGAACGUUUACAGCUGGGAAGACAUAUGUUUUCAGUGAUACCGCUUCUUUCUCUCAUUUAUCAAUUGGAGUAUCGACCAAUAAGGAAAACAUGUACGAUAUAUACCCAAAGAAAGGGGAGGUAUGGGCAUUAUACAGAAACUGCAAGUCUGACUGGACAUGUUCCGAUUUGAAUAACUGCAAGUACGAUAUGGUGGAAGUUCAAAUGGUGUAUGAUUGUUGGAUAAUAGUGAUGGUUUUGGAACAGGUCGCUGGUUUUAAGACAGUAUUCCGGGCUAAAACAGAAGCAGGAUUUAAUUGCACUAUGGGUGUUCCAUGGAUUGAAUUGUUUAGAUUUUCCCAUCAAGUUCCUGCUUUCCAGCUGACAGAAGCUAAAUACGGGGGUUUGCGUGGCUGUUUGGAGCUCGAUCCGAAAUCAAUGCCAGCUUGUUUAUUAUCUACAAAUUAAGAUAGCUGUGAGGUUUUGUCAACACCUGUCCAGGUUUGUCUAGUUUAUCUCAAGUCUUAAACUUGUAUACUGAUUUUGUGUUAACUUCCAAGCAUCCUGUCAUGCUUACUUGGUUUGUAUAUGGUAGCUCAUCUUGAAUUUAACUGUUCCACGGAAGGCAUUAAUCUUAUAUUCUACCUCUUGAUAUG